UUCGUGCUUUGGUUCAAUGGAUUUAAACAUGAUGAACUGUGAUUCAAGCUAUUUAUAGCUAUGGGCUAUGAGAGUCCUAUGUCACUUAAAAUUGAAAUAAACAUAGAGAAUGAACUUGGAGUUUUUGAGCCUCGAGAUGAUGUUGCUGGUCAUAUAUUAAUAAAAACUGAAGAAGAUACAGAAAUUGAUAGUUGUAUUGUGUGGUUAUAUGGAUUGGCUAAAACCCGUUGGAAUAUUGAAAAUGAAAGCUGUAUGAAUAAACCUGGUUCAUUAGCAAGUGGAAUUAAUUUAUCAAGAUCUAUUUCAAAUUUUAACAAAUUCACUAAUACCAGUGCUUGUAUUACAGAAAAUAAAAUUUGCAAAUUACUUUCAAAUGCAUCAAAUGUUUUGAAGCAAACAAAAUCAUGUAAAUCGUAUGAAACUGUAUCGCCAUGUACACAUUUAACUUGUUGUACUGAUCGUGGUUACUUCUCUGAUACACAUUAUAAAUCCAAUUGUAAUUAUAAUUAUUCGUCAUGUGCAUUAGAUCAUGAUUUAAUUUGUGAAUCACGAAUUGGUGAGUCAUGGAUUUCAGCUUCAAGAUCGUUUACAUCUUCAUUGGACGCUGAAAGCAGUCAAAGUUUUAAUAAAUUAGUUUCUCCAAGUUCUACUAUUAUUAAUAACGAUUAUCCUCUGAGAUCAUUUCAACAGAUAACGAAAACAACAGACAAAAUAUAUGAUUCAAUGUGUCUUCCUAAUUUCUGUUUAGAACAAUGGAAAAGAUUAUUUGAAAUUGAUGAGGAGAAGAAAGAAUGUAUAUAUCAUGGUGAUUUACAAUUAAUUUACAAAUCAAAACUUGAUUUGCUUAAACAAUACAAUGAUGUUUUGUCAAGUAAACAUAUGGAGAAAACUGAUCAGUUAGCAACAAAUAGCACUAUUGAAACAUUAAAAAAUGAUAAUAAUUUAAACAAAAACCCAAAUGACAUUGAAUUACAUUAUGAUAAGUUUAGUUUAAAUGAGCAAACAAAUAAACAUAUAUUGUCGAAUAAUACUAAUAAAAAAUAUCAUGAUCUAUUAAAUGAUAAUAAUAAUAAUACCAGUGAAAAAUUACAACCAUCCAUUGAUAAACAUAGUAGAACGAAAACAAAAUUUACAUUGACACCUGGUAUACAUGUAUUUUACUUUGAAUUUCAACUACCAGCAGAUUUGCCUAGUACAUUUGAAUUACCGACAAACUGUUUGGCUGGUGGUGCAUCAGCAUCUAUUACAUAUGCUGUACGUAUUGAAUUACGUAAUAAUCGUUUAAAAUUAAGGCAUAUACAACAACGUGAAAUUAUUGUAUUCAGACCAUUAGAAUUAAUACAUUUCCCCAGAUUAAGAGAUCGAAUAACAUUGCAUCGAGAAUUUGUGUCAUUAGGCUGUUGUUCACAUCCAAGUGGAUUAAUUCUAUGCGAUUUGGCCGUGAAUAAAACUGGAUUUGUACCUGGGGAAACAAUUAUUCCUCAAGUUCAUAUCACAAAUCGAUCUAGUCGUGCUAUACAAACUGUACAUUUAACAUUUGCACAGACAGUCUUUUUAAAAGGUAUCAAUAAACAAAAUCAUAUUGAAGUUUUACGUAUUUUUGCGACAAGAUUAAAUGCUCAAUCAACAUUGUCCGGAUAUAAUUUAUUUGAACAAUUAGAUAUGAAUAAAAUUUCUGGUAUAUUUUCUUCAUCAAAUUCAUUUUCAUCAAAAAGUUCAACAAAUCGUUUUGAACGUAGUGAACAACAACAACAACAACAAAAAACACAUCGACAUAACAGUGUAAAUAAUAAAAAUGAUAAACAGAUUAAAUCCCAAUCAAAACAUAAACACCAACAAAAAUUACAUCAAAAUUCUUUAUCAACAAAUAUUAUCGCUGUACCAGAUCAAGGUGGUCAAGCAUAUUUCACAGAUUUAAUACAUGUACCACCUCUUCCAACUAGUGGAUUAUUUGGUAGACAAAAUUUAAUUUAUUUAGAAUAUUCAUUAAUUUUACGGCUUCGCAUGCAAGGUGAUAGAGAAGGUAAGCAUGAUCAUUGUAUGCAAAUCCCAAUUACAAUCGGUUCUGACCCAACUAGAGAAACAUCAUUCAUUGGAAAUGAUGAAGCUUCUGAUCAUGAACGAAAUGUGUCAGUAUUUUCAUAA